AUGAGUGUCUCUAUCUUAGGGCAUGUAACUUCGUCAAAAGACGUCACUGUUACUGCAUUGAGAAGAUGCAAGACAGUAGUGGCGCCCCAGUUCAGGCACGUAACUUUAAAAACGAUUGCAACAAGAGGAUAUGGAUGUAAGACACUAUCGAGUGCGUCUAGCUCAGGUACAUCAGAAUUACUUCUUCUCGGGUUUGAGAAAGCUCAAAAAGAAAUAUUAAGAACAUAUCAUGACCAAGUCCAAGUCCAACUCCAAAUCCACAAAACCCAGUAA